AUGUACCGGGUAAUGGCCAUGGCUGCUGGAGUUGCAGUGUCAGCACUCUACCACUUCGACCACACAAAAGCUUGCAACAACCUCCUGGAGCGGGAAACAACAGCAAGUCUAUGGGAGCUGAGUCGUGCGGUAAACUGGGCCACUGAUUUUACAACGGAUGACUGGACGCAGCUGGGUCGGAAAUGCGACGAGCGCUCAACUCACGAAAUGAUGGUCAUAGAGCACAUGAGUGAGACUGCAGCUGGAGCCGUGGCCAUUUGCUUACCUUCAGCCUGCCAGCAUUCAGCCCUGCCAGAUGCUAUUACAUCACUGGUGCAGCAGCACUUUUCUUGGCUUUUCCCCAGUCCUGCUCCACUGUCGAAGCAGGAUGUUCGAAGAAGCCUUCUUGCUGUGCCAGGAAUUCAGGGGGAUCACCGGUGUCAUGCCAGCUGUCCGACGUGUGCCGAGACGCCUGGUUUAGAGUCGCAGUCCUGCGCACGCCUACUAGCAGACUACAGACUCCGACGUGGGACCCGUCCAUGGCCGAGGCUUGGCAACGAAGGUGAUCCGCGGUUUCGUUGCGGCCUUCUUCCUCGGGUGAUCCGCGGUGUUCCUACGAUGAAAGGCCACAGUGAGGCUUGUCGGUCAAGGCGCCUCGCUCGUCCCCCUGCCAGAGCUAGGCUUGCACUUGCGCCCAGAUGGGUCUCAGAGCUUGCAAAAGCUGCAGACAAGCCAACCCUUUUCGUGGCAGUGUUAUGUCGGCCACAGGAUGUGGUUUUGCGAAGCUCGGUGCGAACGGGCUGGGCUUCAGGAGGUGAUAGCGACAGAAGCCCUUGGCGUUAUGGCUUUGUGAUGGGUUGGUCGGGGCUCAGUGGUGCGGAGCAAGAGCAUCUCGUGCAUGAGGCAGACAGCUUUGGCGACAUCAUUGCAAUCGAUGUAGUUGAUGCCUAUACCAAUCUGACACUGAAAGUGUGUCAUUUGCUUCAUUUAGCCGUGCAGAUUCAAUCAGAAUAUUUUCUACGGCUCAAUGGCAACGAGCGUUUGCAAGUUGGGCGUUUAAUGGAGUUGCUUCGCAAAGACCUGCAACUUGAAAAGUUGCAUCCCAAUGGCUUUGUCUGGGGCCAGCGAGGUUGCAUGCUUCCGCAUGUCUUUGAAGAGCUUUCCUGCGGGACGACAUCGCUGAAAGACUGGCCACUUCUGGUUGAUGGACUUCUCCUUCCGUAUCCACAGGCUUCAUGGCUGGCAAGCAGGAAGGCCUACGAGAACAUGGCAGCUGUACUUCAGACUUUGGUCGGCUCCCGCUUGCUUUUGCAUUGGGUCGAGGAUGCUUUCAUGGGCAUGCUGGCAACAGCUGCAGAUGUACCGAUCCUGGAUAUAGCUAUUGAUGGACGCUUUCUUUUUUUGGGCGUGAACUGUAGCCAGGGCUACGUGCUGUUGGAGGAACUGCCCCACCAGCUGGCGAUGCAACGGAAAGGCUGCUAUUAA